AUGGCUGGAUCAUUGGCCAAAAAGGCGUCGACCCCUUCGAAGGGAUCUGCGUCGGCGACAAAGUCAUCCUCCGCGAAGAAAAAUCACAGCAUAUUGAAGUUUUUCCAAAAGACGGACGCACCUAUCGGGGCGACAACUCGCCAGUCCCGCAUCACUCAGUUUGUCGGGUCAUCUGUUUCUUCCGCCACUGGGCUUGCUACGCCGAAAUCACAAGGUGGAUCGAGUUCAAAGAACGACUCGUCCGAGGGUCUUUUCCUAGAAGACAAGAAGGGUCUAGCGAGGAUCCACCUUGAGCGAACGACGCUAGACGUCGACAGGAGGAGUCGAUCUCGCACACCCGAUGACAUUUGGGGCGACGCCGAAGACUUACUACCCCCGAAUGAUUCUCGAGAUGCGGAAGAUGAACAAUCUGCCAAGCGCCGGAAGAUGGACUCGCCAGAUUCAAAAGACGGAAACACAGAAACAGGCGAUCGGCCUAAGACCACGAAGCCCAAGGCGGCAGCCUCCUCGAUUAAUGGACCUUUUAUCGACGAGUCGGACAGCGAAGAAGACCUACCUAAUUAUCACGAAAUCACGGAUACACCGCCGGCUGUACUCCCCGCGAUGAGCACGAAUGUGAUCUCGCCACCUCAAGAAGAAUCGCCCACUAACCGCCUUGCCAAUCAGCCUCCGCUGUCACCGUCACCCUUGGUAAGAGACGUCACGACCGAUGGAAACGAUUUUGGAACUGCGGAUUUUGACGAUAUUGAAGAAGGGGAUGAAUUGAUAGGGGAGGAAUUCCGAGAGAGACCAUGGGACGAUGAAGACGACGAACAGGCUCAUGGAGUCCGCUUCGGUAUGAUGGCGCCCAAUGACUAUGAAGAUGCACUCAAUGUCGAUCCCGAUAAAGAGGGAUCAGUAACGACUUGUCCGAUAUGCCAGCAGGCACUGGCAAACUUCACCGAGGCAGAAGUAUCCGUCCAUGUGAACGAUUGUCUGGACGGUAAGCCCUCUGUCCCGCCAACUCUUGAGACGCCCGACUCGGGUGUUCUGGCCAUGACACCGGUCACCCAAAAAGAAGAUAGUCCAAGCAAGGAACCCACGCGCAUGGAAAAGGCUGCCAUCGCUCGACCUCCCCAGCGCGACCCAUUUUCGAAGAACACACCUGCAGCCGGAUCAGCCUUCUCCAAGAUGAUGGCUGGCAAUGCCGAAGACACUGCCUGGGCGGCCGCUGCUGCGAAUGAGGUAUCAUCGCGCGGAAAGCAAGCCUAUCAACGCACAUGUCCAUUCUACAAGAUCAUGCCGGGAUUCUCCAUUUGCGUCGAUGCUUUUCGCUACGGGGCAGUGGAAGGAUGCAAAGCGUACUUCCUAAGCCAUUUCCACAGUGAUCAUUACAUAGGACUGACCAAAUCCUGGUGCCACGGUCCAAUUUAUUGCAGCCGCCCGACAGGCAAUCUGGUCCGUCAGCAACUGCGGGUGGAUCCCAAAUGGGUAGUGGAUCUGGAAUUCGAGAGUCCUUUCGAGGUACCGAACACCGGAGGCGUCAAGGUUACGAUGAUCAAUGCGAAUCAUUGUCCAGGUAGUUCGUUGUUCCUGUUCGAAAAAUCAUUUGGGAACGGUGCCAACCCUCGACGACAGCGCAUACUUCAUUGCGGCGAUUUUCGAGCCUCUCCAGACCACCUCCAGCAUCCUUUGCUUCGGCCCGAUACGAUCGACGUGGUGACGGGCAAGCCAGUACAGCAGCGGCUCGACACAUGCUACUUGGACACGACCUAUCUUCACCCCAAAUAUGCUUUUCCAAGCCAAGAAGAUGUCAUUGCGGCAUGCUCUGAACUCUGCCUACGACUCAAUGAAGAAUCUGGCGUCGGUGGCGACUUGGGAAAGACAGCUGGAGGUAGUCUCAUGAGCAAAUUCCUGUCAUCCACCUCUAACCGUGAAGCUUCUGCGGAGCAGCCUUCAGCUAAGGCGGGCCGUCUCUUGGUCGUGAUGGGCACGUACAGUAUUGGCAAGGAGCGUAUCUGCGUGGGUAUUGCCAAGGCGCUUGGGUCCAAGAUCUUUGCCAAUCCAUACAAGCAGCGAAUCUGCGCCUGUCUUGAAGAUCCCGAGUUGACCGCAUUGCUCACGAGCGAUCCCCGUGAAGCACAAGUGCACAUGCAAACCCUGUUUGAGAUUCGAGCGGACACAUUAGCUGACUAUCUGGAUACGUUGAAACCUGACUUUACUCGCGUGGUCGGAUUUCGGCCCACCGGCUGGUCAUAUCGUCCUCCCGCUGGUCGCAUGCUCGAUAACCCCCCGUCCCGACGGUUCUCCGCGGCGAACACUGGCGGACCCCUUUCACCACGCAAAACUUGUCUCCACAGCGCGGAAGCACGCGCGAAAGUGCCUGUUUUGGCCGAGCACAGCUCUUUCCGGGAACUCACCAUGUUCUGCUGUGCCCUGCGGAUCGGUCGGAUCAUCCCCACGGUCAAUAUUGGCAGUCAGAGAAGCCGUGACCAGAUGAAGGCUUGGAUUGAUCGCUGGGAGGGUGAGAAGAAACGGAAUGGGCUGUUCCCAGUCGCCGACUGGUGA